AUGCGCUUCGUUUAUGCUGCAGCUCUCAGCUGCUUUCUGGGCUCUGUAUCGGCUACCGGAUCCGACGGUUGCAAUGCUGACAACUGUCUGCGCGCUAUCCGCGCAUCGUCCUUUCCCACUCGGUCAGGUGUAGCCGACUGCGGUUCAUAUCUCGCGGCAACUGUCACGCCAGGAACGAGCACGAUCUAUUCCACCGUCGUCGCGGGCUCUCUCCCCACGGUCUCGGUUGUAACUGGAAACAUCGACGUUCCUCCCGCCACGCCGGUGACGGUCUAUCCCACCUCGAUUCCCACGUACGCCUCUGCUUGCUCCGGCAGCGUCAGGUACUCGAGCGCGUGCUCCUGCGUCGGCGUCAGCCAGAGCACCAUCACCGUCGCGACCCCGACCACGACCGUUUACGUUACAGCAUGCACGCUCCCCUCCCCGACCGCCGAGGCGUGCGGCACGGUCAUGACGGGACCCAACUCGCGCCAGUACCAGGUUGAGUGCGGCCUCGCCUACACGGGCUCGUCGUCGCUGUCUUCCGGCACCGUCGGUUCCUACCAGGAGUGCUUCAACGCCUGCGCCGGCAGCUCCGCCUGCGGUUCAUUCACCUUUGACUCGGCGCAGUGCACCAACAACUGCCAGCUCUUUGGCGUCUACGACGCAACAACGGUGGUCAGCAGCGACACCGCCAACUCUGGUUUCACGCCCGGCACGGCGCGGGACGGCACCUGCGGCACGGGCAUUUGCGGUGCGGCUGUGCUCGGAGGAACCAGUUACCAGGACAGCUACCUAGUUGCUUGCCGUUCCUCCUACAGCUUCGCCCAGGGCAGCGACGUCGCCGGCUCGCCCUUCACGGCCACCAGCUUCCUCGACUGUCUGCGCCAGUGCGACAACAUCUACGGCUGCAACUACAUGUCCUUCGACUCGUCCAAGUUCUCCGGUAACUGCGCCAUGUUCUCCCGCGGCGGCGUCAGCAGCGACGUCCUGGCCAGCAGCCCUUCCGUCGACUCGGCCAAGGCGCUGGUCAACAACCAGGGCCCCGCGGGCGUCGAGCUCGUGGCCGCCGACGCCUCGCAGUGCCCGGCCUACGGCGGCGGCGCCGCGGGAGCGGCAGCCUGCUCGCGCGGCGACAACAAGACGCCGCUGCACCCCACCGGCUACUCGUACACUGCGGCGUGCGGCGUCCGGUACACGCCCAAGGACGCGGGCACCGGCGUGUGCACGCUUACUGUCAACACAUAUGCGCAGUGCUUCGAUGCCUGUGACAAAAACAACCAUUGCGAUUACAUGACGUUUGCCGGCUCGUCCAUCUCGCUCGUGGACAACUGCCAAUUCUUCAAGGGCGCAGUCAGCACGCAGCGUAACGCUGCUGGCUACGAUUCGCUUUUUUACCCCCACUACUGCUGUUCCGACGCGAUUGGCAGUGCCGUCGGUAUCGGCGUCCUGGUGAGAGACUGUGAGGGCAGAGUGGUCCUGGGCAAACGCAAGGCCAGUAUUGGAAAGGGCGAGUGGGGCUUCCCAGGCGGCCACCUCGAGUACGGCGAGAGCAUCUUCGAGUGCGCGGAACGGGAGACCCUAGAGGAGACAGGGCUCAAGGUCAAGGGAGUCAAGACCAUAGGCGUAACGAGUACUGUCUUUCCGGAGCUGCAGAAGCACUACAUCACGCUUUUUGUACUAUGUGAGAGGGAGGACGAGAAACAGGAACCAGAGCUCUUGGAGCCCGAGAAGUGCGAAGGCUGGUCUUGGCUUACUUGGAAAGAUCUCAGAGCUAUGGCUGAAGAGGAUUCACCUCAGAAAGCGUUCCGGCCCAUCAUCAAUUUCUUGAGGGAGAACCCAAAUAUCGAGGAGCUAGUCAAGGUUUAG